UAACUUGAAGCUCUUUCUAAGCCCACAGAGAGAGUUCUUCUCUCUUUGUCAGAUACUUAAAAAUCUUGUAAUGUAACCAGAAAACCCCAAACGAAUUGUUUCGUGUUUUCUUGCAUUUCUCCGAUUUCUCGGCCGCUAGCUUCCUCAGGUAAAUAAAGGAAACACGAAGGAAAGAUGUUUGCUUUAUGAUAAUAGGAGUUACAACUGCUGUUCGGCUGCUUAGAAACUGCUGGAAAAGAGGAGAUGCUUGACGUUUGAGCAUUAUUUUUAUUGUUCUUUUGGGUUUUAGUAUAAUUUAGGCAAGUAGUUCUGCAGAGCUUAGUUUGAAGUGGAAUUUCUCAUUUUUUCUGUUCUAGAUGAUAUUGAUAUUUCCUACCACCAUGGUUUCCAGUGAUCAAAUGAGAAUUUCCUUUGAAGCUUAAAAUGCACUGUCGAGCUAUGAUUUUUCCAUUAAAUUAUUGAAUAAUUAUAUUUGCUUCAAGUUUUCUAUAAUUGCUUUUGGGUUUGCUUGUGGAUCUCAGGAAUUUAAAUUCCUUGCGAUUCAGUAUCAAUAGAUACAUUGCCUCUGUUUAAUUUUGGCUGACUAAGUCUUUAAGCCAAAAUGGUCACAAAGAACAGGAAAGGUGCCUCAGUUCAGGUGGAUUAUCUAAUCCAUAUCCAAGAUAUUAAGCCUUGGCCCCCAUCACAGUCUCUGAGAUCCCUUCGCUCGGUCCUUAUUCAGUGGGAAAAUGGUGAUCGCAAGUUUGGCUCUACAAACACUGUUGUUCCUUCACUUGGUUCAAUUGUUGGUGAAGGAAAAAUCGAGUUCGAUGAGUCUUUCAGAUUACCUGUGACUUUGAUAAGGGAAAUAUCUGGCAAAGGCAAAGAUUCUGAUUUAUUUCAGAAGAAUAGCUUAGAAUUCAACUUGUGUGAACCUCGAAGGGACAAGAUGCAGAUACUGGGGACUGCUGCAAUAGACUUGGCAGAUUAUGGUGUUGUCAAGGAGACCAUAAGUGUAAGUGUUCCAGUGAGUAGCAGCAGAAGCUUUAGGAACACAUCUCAGCCAAUGUUAUAUGUCAAAAUCCAACCAUUUGAUAAAGGUCGAACCAGCUCCUCAGCUAGGGAUAGCGUAUCCAAAGGCAUUUCACUGGAAAAGAAUGGUGGCAUGUCAGUUUCAGCAAUGAUGAAUGAUGAAUAUGUUGAGGAAGCUGAGAUUGUUUCUUUUACUGAUGAUGAUGUCUCCUCACAUUCAUCUCUGAACAAUGGGGGCUUGCCUCCUCAAACUGAAGAGAAUGGAUCAGACAGACUAACAGAGAGAAAACAAAGGGUUAAUGGGGAUCACGCUGUUGCUUCAGAAAUAGGGAUCGAAAAACAUAUUGCACCACAGGUAAAUAUGAAAGGGAGCUCAUCUUGCUCAUCUUCUGUGGAUUUGUCUUCUGAUCCAGGGAGCCCAGUAAAUGUUUGUGCUUCUGUUUUCAAGUCUCUCGACUCUGGUGCAACACCCAUGCCAAAAAUUGAGGUUGCUCAAAGUGGUCAUUCUUCUUCAGCAUUUAGUUAUGGAAGUAAAGAGGAAGAGGUUGAUGGCAAGAGCUCGCUGGACAAGACUGCAAAAAAUGAUGAUGUUUGUAGUAGUUAUAUGGAGGACGUGGACAGAUACAAACACCAAGAAGACGAAGAAAAUAAUCAGGAUGGGGAAGAGAAGAGGUAUUUCUUAGAAGAUGAACCAAUAAAUACAUUUCCACAAAAUGGCAUCAGAAGUGAAAGCUCACUUGAGACUGAUCCACUUGCUUCAAUUGUGGGAAUUGAGUUAAAAGGAAAUAUUCUCAAAAUUGAUAGGUUAAAGCAUGUGAAAUCUGUUAGGUCAUCAUCAGAGUCUGCUAAGAAUAAUGGAUUGGUUAGCCGAAAUCAGCAAGAUGAAAUGAAGGAAGUUGGUGACAUGGGAGAGUCGCAGAAUACUGCAGGGAACUUCAAAGUCAAUGAAAGAAAAAGUGCUAAAGUUUACCCAGAACAUACCAGAGCAGCCAUUUUAAGUGGAAAAAUCCAGCAAUUAGAACAUAAAAUAAAGAUACUUGAGGGAGAGUUGAGAGAAGCUGCUGGUGUUGAGGCUGCUCUUUACUCUGUUGUUGCUGAGCAUGGAAGUUCCAUGAGUAAGGUGCAUGCUCCAGCUAGGCGUCUUUCUAGGCUAUAUCUUCAUGCUUGUAGAGAAAGUUCUCGAUCAAUGAGAGCGAGUGCAGGUAGAAGUGCUGUUUCAGGACUAGUUCUGGUUGCUAAGGCAUGUGGGAAUGAUGUCCCUAGGUUGACUUUUUGGCUAUCAAACUCUGUUGUUCUGCGAGCAAUUUUAUGUCAAGCAAUUGGUGACAAAGAGUUAUCACAUUCUGGUAGACAGAGUAUAGAGAGGAAUGGUGUUGGAAAGGGAAACAAGAUAAAAUCAUCAUCUCUAAAAUGGAAAGAGACAUCUCCCAGCACAAAUGAACAUAAGAAUGUCAUUUUAGGAGAUUUAAGUGAUUGGGAUGAUCCACAUACAUUUACAUCUGCGCUGGAAAGAGUUGAAGCUUGGAUCUUUUCCCGAACUGUGGAGUCUAUUUGGUGGCAGACUCUUACUCCUCACAUGCAAUCAGCCGCUGCAAAGCCAAUCGAUAGAUUUAUUGGUUCCGGCUCAAACAAAAACCUUGGAAGAACGUCAAGUUCAGGUGAUAAUGAUCAAGUAGACUUUUCGUUAGAACUUUGGAAGAAGGCAUUCAAGGAUGCUUGCGAGAGACUGUGCCCCGUUAGAGCUGGUGGACAUGAGUGUGGUUGUUUGUCUGUGCUGGCCAGACUGAUAAUGGAGCAAUGUGUGGCAAGAUUAGAUGUGGCAAUGUUCAAUGCCAUUCUUCGUGAAUCCGCUGAUGAGAUCCCAACUGAUCCAGUAUCUGACCCUAUCAGUGAUUCAAAGGUUCUCCCAAUUCCAGCUGGUAGAUCAAGCUUUGGGGCUGGAGCACAACUGAAAACUACGAUUGGCAACUGGUCAAGAUGGCUGACUGACCUAUUUGGUAUUGAUGAUGACUUGCUUGAGGAUGAAAAGGAUGAAGACGGGGAUGAUGAGAGACGGGACACAUCCUUUAAGUCUUUCCAUCUUCUUAAUGCAUUAAGUGAUCUCAUGAUGCUUCCCAAGGACAUGCUCUUGAGUAGGUCCAUAAGAAAAGAGGUAUGCCCUGCAUUUGGUACUCCAUUGAUCAAGAGGGUUCUUGACAAUUUUGUCUCAGAUGAGUUUUGCCCGGACCCGAUUCCGGAUGUCGUGCUUGAAGCCCUGGAGUCUGAGGAUCCUGUUGACGUGGAGGAGUCUGUCACAUCCAUACCAUGCAUUGCUGCGCCUCCACUUUAUUUGCCACCUGCAGCAGCUUCAGUUGGUGACACAAUUGGACAGUCUGGAAAUCAAUCUCAGCUAAGAAGAAAUGGUUCAUUGCUUAGAAAGUCAUACGCCAGUGAUGAUGAGCUUGAUGAAUUGAUUUCACCAUUGGCUUCAAUUUUCCUUGAUGGUUCUCGUUCUUCACCAGCAUCAUCAACACUCAGCUGGAAAUCAAAGGAGAUAGGGAAUCAAAAUCCCAUCAGAUAUGAACUUCUUAGAGAGGUAUGGAUGAACAGUGAAUAAUAUUUUGUAAAUUCAAAAGAAACAAAUAAUAUACAAGAAUGUUUUACCUUUAUUUGUUGAGUUGUAAAUCUGAACUUAAAUUUUGGAGCUUUAUAUGCUCUUGUACAAAGGGGAAAAAGAGACCGUUGUGCUUUAGAGAAUAACACCAACCAUAUCUGUAAGAGGUGUGCUUUUCUGAGUA